CUCACAAUACAGAAAACAACCAGAAUCCGGUUCGAAUACCCUUCGCGGAUUGCAACGCCUCUCUACGUAAUAUAAGAUCGUCCAUGAGUAAGACGAAAUCGACGACCGCCAAAGGGCGGGACAAGUCUGAUGCCGAGCCUAGCUCCUCGAAGUACCUUGUGUUGAUCUCCAAACGAUUUGUUUUGCUGAGUUUGCUAUCCUGUAUUCUAGCCGCCUUUGCAGUGGGUCGCACGGCGCGGAUUUUACUAUUGGUUAAUCCUCAGAAAGUGGCUAUACAGGCGUACAAUGACCAAGUCACUGGACAGGCAACAAAAAAGUCCCCCGCAGCAAUGAAGACUCUCCCCGAUCCCACAAUGAGAGACGGAAAGGUCCCCCCAGAGACAUUGUACACAUCCAAGGCUUUUGGAAGUGGCAGUACGACUUCGUCUCAGUCUCGUUGGAUUGUAACGGAGGAAGGAAGAGAAAAUUGCGUUGAUCUUCCGGAGCAUGAAUGUCCCGCACCACCCUCCCCAAAUGUAGACGAGGGGAGCGGUGACGAUGAAAUCCAUUUACCAGCUGGUCAACAUCUUUUGAUGGAUAUUGAAAACGUGGACGGAAUUUUUUUGAACUCCGAGGAACGACUAGCACACGCAAUGCUCGAACUCGUUGGAGAAUGCGGUCUUACGCUUCUUUCAUACCACUGCCAUAAGAUGGUGCCCAUGGGAGUAAGCUGCGCGGGAGUCUUGCUGGAAAGUCACGUCUCCUUCCACACCUGGCCAACAGAGGGGGUCAUAACAUUGGAUCUCUACACGUGUGGUCCCAACUCGUUGCUACCCAUUGUGCCUAUGGCGAUGGACCUCUUUGGAGUCCCAAAGCAAGUCGUUGAUGGGAAGGAAUUUAAAGCACCAAACACGGUGUGGGCCCACAAAACGAGAGGAUUCCCAUCGGGUGACCUCGCGAGCUUCACGGCCGAAAUUUCGGACAUGGAAUAUUUUCCGGUGGGUAAAAUGACGGAUUUCAAGACCGAAAUUGCGGCGACCUCGACGAAUUUCCAGCAGAUCCGAAUAUACGAUGUUUUGAGGCCGACCCAACAAAACCUGCAAAACUAUCAAAAAUCGAUGACAAACGACGGAUCGUACGAAUCCCGUCACCCAGAAUUAUUUGAACCAGAUAGGAUUGUGUAUUUGGAUGGCGUGUUGCAGUCGCGUAAAUCGGGCGAAGCAGCAUAUCACGAGACUUUGAUUCAUCCUUCCAUGUUUGCCCAUAAGAAUCCAAAACGGGUUGCUAUUAUUGGGGGGGGAGAAGGCGCGUCUCUUAGAGAGGUGUUGAAACACAAGACUGUCGAAGUUGUUUACAUGAUUGAGAUUGAUGAAAUGAUGGUCAAUGUUUCGAGAAAAUAUCUUCCGAGUUGGAGCGAUUGCAGUACUCUAGCAGGCAGUGCAGAGAGCUGUUUUGACGAUCCCCGGGUGGUGGUUCAGUACAUCGAUGCCUUCCAAUGGUUUAUCGAUAACUUUCCUGCAGAUGGUCCUCCACUCGUUGAUCCUUUUGACAUCAUUGUCAUGGACGCCUUGUGAGUUAAUUUCGUGAUUGAUAUGAAUUUGCUGUAUCAUUUGUCUUUCUGUUCCAUUUGGUUUCCCACCAAUUGUAACCAAAUGCUGUUGACGUCACCACUUAUCAAACCUUUCAUCCCCACAAUCCUAAUUUUAGGGAUCCUCAAAUUCAGAAGGAUUUUGUCAACGCCCUUUACGACGAAGGGCCCUUUUUGAAAUCGAUACCGCAUGCACUGAGCAGUGACGGAAUAUUCAUUUCUCAAGUCGGGGAGAGUUCGGCUUCCGAGGACCCACCCGAGGUGCAAACCCAAGAUUUAAAUCGCUGGAGACUCAUCCAAAGCCUUUCAAGGUUAGGGUUCUCAACUAUCCGAUCUUACGUCGACAAUUCACAUAGUGGAUUCUCUUUUCCAUGGCAAUAUAUUGCUGCAUUUAAAAGCGAUGAUACAAAGGCAGAAUGGCUUUCAAAUCCUUCACUUACAGAACUUAAGAUUAGAAAGAGAGCCAUGGUCACCGUGGAUGGUAAAUCUCCCUUUCAAUUCUUCGAUGGUGCGACCAUGCAAUCAUAUUACUAUCCUUCAAAGCCAGUAGAGCUCGUGUAUUGCCGUGGCCAUCCGGAGUCUAGGAAUUGCAAAGAAGGACACGGAUUUGAUUCUAACCGACGCAACGUACCGAUUUCUGCAGUCGCCGUUAGGCAGAGUAGCAUCGGAGAAAAAGCUGGUAGAGGAGUCUUUGCCAAGAUUGAUGUUCCAAGUGACAGCUACGUUGGUCUUGAAAAGCAAAUCCAUUCUGUUGAAGGGGAUGCACACGCGUAUGAUCUAAUUUUGAAAAUGAACAGUCAAUUUGGCGACAAAUGGAGCGCUUCGGUACUGGAGAGUUGCAUCCAUGAUUACGCUGAAAUAUCCUCUCGCAGUGGAAAGGAAAGUUUCGUCAUUGAUACAACGGUACGUCUCUUUGGCUAGAGAAUCUUCUUGUAGACCAAGUUGUGCACUGCAAUCGGUCUAAUUCUAAUUUUGUUUUGUUUUGUCUUUCCUUUUGACCACUGCUGUCAUUCAAACAGAUAAAAUCUUUUGCAAAUCAUGAUUGUGAUGGUAACAGCAACUUUGGAUUCGAUGUAGGAGUGUCCCAAUUUACAGCGGAUCCGAAACGUGUCGCACAAGAGAUAAUGGAAAGAUAUGAUGAGGGAGACGUUAUAUACAACCCAGCGAGUGAUAGACAAACGAAUUUUUAUGCUAGGUCUACACCCCUUCGUGAUAUCAAUGAAGGUGAAGAACUUUUUGAUAAUUACCUUGGAAUGUCAGGGAAGAAUACGGAGAGUUGGGAGUCCAGUGUUUCCGACUUACGAAAGAUAUGCGAGUGAAAAAAGCAAUGACUCUUACCAAUCAAAAACAAUUAAUAUGUGUUGCCACAUUACACAGACGAUAUCUAUAUGUCCAUACUUCUCGAUCAGAUUUUGCUAAGCACUGAUGAUUUUGGUAGAUAGUUCAAGACGUCAUCUUUUCUAAUACAUCGGUUGUCCACUAUAUGAAAAUGUGUCAGUCGAAGCAAGUCGCAAUGGCAACAGCUUUUUCUAACAGAUAACUUCCGGGGUUGAUUUGUAAUAAAUAGACCAGCCUACU